GACUCAGAGAAAGUGAAAGUGAAACUAACUUGAUGAGCAAACAUAUGGACUCCUGAAACGAUCAACCACUUUAAACAGCCGAAUACUGAGUCGUUCAGAGACCCUUGUGGACACACCUGAUACUCACAGCAAUGUCAUCCUCCAUGAGUUCACUGUCUGAGGAGAUUCAGUGCUCUGUAUGUCUGGAUGUGUUCACUGAUCCAGUCUCGACUCCAUGUGGACACAACUUCUGCAAGAUCUGUCUGAAUAAGUGCUGGGACAACAGCCAGACCUGCAGCUGUCCAUACUGUAAAGAAACAUUCAAGCAAAGACCUGAUCUCCAGAUUAAUACCACACUCAGAGAGCUCGUAGAUCACUAUAAGAAGAAAAGUCCUGAGAAAACAACUGAAGUUCUGUGUGACAUCUGUGAGGAAAGAAAGCUGAAAGCGCUGAAGUCGUGUCUGGUGUGUCAGAGCUCUUACUGUGAAACUCACCUGGAGCCUCAUUUGAGAGUAACAGGUUUGAAGAAACACAAACUGAUGGAUCCUGUGAGUAAUCUGGAGGACUAUAUAUGUCAGAAACACGAGAGACCUCUGGAUCUGUUCUGUAGAGAUGAUCAGACAUGUGUGUGUUCAAUCUGCACUGUGACAGACCACAAGAACCACAACACUGUUCCUAUAGAAGAGGAGAGUCAAGAGAAGAAGACUGAACUGAUGAAGACACAGAAAGACGUGCAGCUGAUGAUCCAGAACAGAAUCAAAAAGAUUCAAGUCAUCAAACACUCAGCAGAAGUCAGAAAAAAAAACACAGAGAAGGAGAAAGCAGUCCAUGUGGAGCUUUUCACUGAUCUCAUCCGCUCCAUUGAGAGACAUCAGACUGAACUGCUGGAGAUGAUGGAGGAGCAGCAGAAAGCAGCAGAGAAACAGGAGCAAAAGCUGAUUGAAGAGCUGGAGCAGGAGAUCACUGAGCUAAAGAUGAGAAACACUGAGCUGGAGCAGCUCUCACACACUGAAGAUCACCUCCACCUCCUACAGAUUCACUCAUCCCUGUGCAGCUCUAGAAACACCAGGAACUGGCCUGAGAUCAGUAUGAAGACUCAUGAGAGUCUUGAGAGUCUGAGGAGAGCUCUGACUCAACUGAAGGACACUAUAGAUGAGAAACUCACACUAACUGAGCUUAAGUGGAUGCAGCAGUAUGCAGUGGAUGUGACUCUGGAUCCUGAUACAACUCAUCCUAAACUCAUCCUGUCUGAAGAUGCAAAACAACCAUCUGGUCUGAGCGGUUCUCAUCAUUUAGGUCAAGAUCAGCGCGAGAAGAAGCAGCAGAAGAUCAUCGCAAGUGUUUCUCUCACUGAAGACUUCAAGCUGAAUAAAGCAGAGAAGGUCUGGCGCAGCGGGCGUGCCGACAAUCCCGAGUUCUUGAAGACACAGGAACUGUUCAAAUGCAUGCAGAGCAUCUUGAACAAACUGAGGCCGCAGAUGUUCCAGCCGCUGAUGAGGCAGGUGACCAAACUGACCAUCGACACAGAGGAGCGCCUGAACGGAGUGGUCGAGCUUAUCUUCGAGAAGGCCAUCUCUGAGCCCAACUUCUCUGUGGCCUACGCCAACAUGUGCCGCUGCCUGAUCGGGCUGGAAGUCCCCACCUCAGAUAAACCUGGAAUGACGGUGAAUUUCAGGAAGCUGCUGCUGAGUCACUGUCAGAAAGAGUUUGAGAAGGACAAAGAUGAUGAUAAAACAUUUGAGAAUAAGCAGAAGGAGCUGGAUGCUGCUACAGGGGAAGAGGAGAAGCAGAGGUUGAAGGAGGAGCUCGAGGACGCCAAAGACAAAGCCCUGCGGCGGUCGCUAGGUAACAUCAAGUUCAUCGGCGAACUGUUCAAGCUGAAGAUGUUGACGGAGACCAUCAUGUACACAUGCAUCAUCAAGCUGCUGAAGAACCACGACGAGGAGAGUCUGGAGUGUCUCUGCUGCCUGCUGUCCACCAUCGGGAAAGACCUGGACUUCCAGAAGGCCAAGCCCCAAAUGGAUCAAUAUUUCAACCAGAUGGAGAAAAUUAUUAAGGAGCGGAAAACUUCUUCCAGAAUUCGCUUCAUGCUGCAGGACUUUCUUGAUUUACGACGGGUAAACCAUCGAAAUAGUACCUCUGACGACGGCUGGAACACGGUUCCCAUCUCCACCAAGAACAGACCCAUCGACACGACACGACUCAGCAAGAUCACCAAGCCGGACGCUUGGGACUUCAAUAAUCAAUUGACAAAAAAUCUUCCUGGAAUUGGAGGUAAAGGCUCAUGGGGCAGUUGGGGCAAAGGCAGCAGCAGGGGCUCAGGAUCCAAACCCAGCGACAGCACCCCGGAUUCUGGUCGUACAAGCACUUUGAACCGCUUUUCAGCACUUCAGCAGCCUUCCUUCUCAUCAUCAUCAGCCACCAACAUCGACUCUGACAGGAGGGUUCCUUACAGGAGCAGUUCAGGUCCGGAACACAGCUUUCGUUUCAUCCGGGGCGACGAACGCAUGGAUCGUGUCGGUGACCGCUACAAUCGACGUGACGACCUUGGAUUUGACCGAAUGGACCGGAUCCGUCCCACGGUCGGCAAGCACCACUUUAGCCGUGAAAAGGAGGAGAAGAGUUGGGAACGAGAGAUGCUAUGGCGCGAGAGAGACCGAGAAUGUGGUAAAGUGAACAGUAAUGUGAAGAGAGAAUCUGUUCCCAAUCCUCCACCUGUUUCCUCCAAACCUGCGCUGACGGAGGAGGAGAUGGAGAAGAAGUCCACUUCCAUCAUCGAGGAGUAUCUGCACCUCAAUGACAUGAAGUGUGUGUGUGUGUGUGUGUGUGUGUGUGUGUGUGUGCAGGGAGUGGAGUUCACUCUGGGUGAGGAGUGUGUGAGGAAGAGCAGUAAAGUGACUCUGAGUCCAGAAGAUAUUUCUAGAGAGCUGGAGCGACUCCUGCAGGAGAAAGCAGACAACCAGAGGAUCUUUGACUGGGUGGAGGCCAAUCUGGACGAGCAGCAAACAUCAUCGAACACGUUUAUCCGGCUGCUGAUUACUGCUGUCUGUCAGUCUGCCAUCAUCUGUGAGAAUCCAUAUAAAGUAGACACUAAAGAAAUGACCCAGAGGGCCAAGCUGCUGCAGCGCUACAUUAAAGACGAGCAGAAGGAGCUGCAGGCGCUCUACGCCUUACAGAGUCUGAUGGUGCAGAUGGAGCAGCCACCGAAUCUUCUGCGCAUGUUCUUCGAUGUCUUAUACGACGAGGACGUCAUCAAAGAGGAUGGCUUUUUUCGCUGGGAGUCCAGUAAAGAUCCCGCCGAGCAGCAAGGGAAGGCUAUGGCCCUCAAAUCAGUCAAAGCCUUCUUCGUCUGGCUGCGCGAGGCCGAAUCAGACAGCAGCUAGUGCUUAGGCCACACCCACUGCAGAGAUGAUUGACGCGAUAAAGGGGCAAGGAAAAACUAUAUUUUGGAGAAAAAAAAACAAUUGGGACAUUUUCAACAUCUUUUAGUUUUAGUUUUGCCUUAUGUUUGCUCAAAAAAAAAAGCUGUUAAACUGUAACUAAAUAAAGUAUUAGAGGAUGACGAGCCGUUUAUAUAUAUCUGCUCAGUUUAUAGUGUUUUGACCAUUAGCAUUGCUACUUCCUGUCUCCUGUUCCCGCCGCCAUGG